UGAAUGCUCAAGUAAAGCCAAAACAUGGGACAACUAGGCAGAGGAAAAACAGAAUUCCGACCCUUUUCAUCGAUUUUCCUGUCGCUUCAUGACAGCAUGCAAUUCAACAUCAAAAUGGUGCCGAACCUUGGAAGAUACCCAUCGAAAUGGGCUAUAAAUCCACCAGCAGACCAAAGUUGUACCUCAUCAAACACAUUUCAAAAUCACCUGUCCAAGAUAUAAUAACAGCAAUGGCUUCAGUAGCUGGAAACAAGCUGAUGUUGAUGGUGGUGUUGCUGAUGGGGAUCUAUGCCUAUGGAGCAUUCUCCGCAAGACCCUCGGUGCAUCCUGUUAGCAGCAUCAAUGAAAGGUUUGAAGCAUGGAUCGCGCAGUAUGGACGAGUUUACGAAGAUGCAGGAGAGAAGGCCAGGCGCUUCAGCAUCUUCAAAAAGAAUGCUGCCUUCAUCAAUCACUUCAACAAGUUUGGAAACCAGACUUAUAAGCUAGCCGUCAAUCAGUAUGCUGAUUUGACCAACAAGGAGUUCAGGGCUGCUAAAACUGGAUAUAAGAAACCUGCCAAUCUCAUCAACUCUGGCACAUCAUCAUUCAGAUACGAAAAUGUGACUUCAGCGCCAGACACCAUGGAUUGGCGAACCAAAGGAGCUGUGAAUCCCAUCAAGGAUCAAGGCCAAUGUGGAAGCUGUUGGGCAUUCUCUGCUGUGGCAGCGGUGGAAGGAAUCACAAAGAUCUCAACUGGGAAGCUGAUCUCUCUUUCGGAGCAAGAAUUGGUUGAUUGUGACAGAACCACCAAUGACCAAGGCUGCAAUGGAGGCCUCAUGGAUGAUGCUUUUAAAUUUGUCAAAACAAAGGGACUGACAACCGAAUCCAAGUACCCUUACUCAGCAGCAGAUGGAACUUGCAGCACAGUCAAGACAAACUCUCCUGCUGCCAAGAUCAGUGGAUAUGAAGAUGUUCCCGUGAAUAACGAGCAGGCAUUGCUAAAGGCCGCAGCAAACCAACCUAUCGCGGUGACCAUUGAUGCUAGUGGCUCUGCCUUCCAGUUCUACUCCAGCGGAGUGUUCACCGGAGACUGUGGAACAGAUUUGGAUCAUGGUGUGGCUGUGGUAGGGUAUGGUACGAGUGACGAUGGUAAGAAGUACUGGCUGGUGAGGAAUUCAUGGGGGACCAGCUGGGGAGAUCAAGGAUACAUCAAGAUGCAGCGUGACAUUGGUGCAAAAGAAGGCCUCUGCGGCAUUGCUAUGUCAGCUUCCUAUCCUACCGCAUAAAAAUAGUAGCCACAAGCUAGCUGAGAAAUCUCCAUCUCUGUUAAGAAAUAUAUGUGCUAUAUAUGUGGAUUGUUACUUGUGAUCCUAUUUAACUGUCUAAGCAUUUGUGCUAGUGGUA